AUGGAGCCCGUCAAGCGCGCCCUUUGGGGCCCCCCCUCGGCCGAACGCCGCCUCGUCAUCAAGCUCGACUUCACCCUGCUGCCCUACUUUGCCCUCGUCUGGUUCCUCUUUGGCGUCAACCAGGCCAGCUACGGCAGCGCGUACAUUAGCGGCAUGGGCCGCGACUUGCACUUCCGCGGCAACGACUUCAACUACAUGAACACGGUGUACCUGGUCGCCUAUGCCGUCUUCCAGAUCCCCGCCACGAGCGCGCUGACGCUGCUGCGCCCGAAAUGCGUCUUCGUCGCCUGCAAUGUCGUGUGGAACGUGCUGACGCUGGUCACGUACCGCACCUCGCACGUCUACCAGCUCUUUAUCCUGUUUGGUUUUGAAGGCGCCUUUGCCGCCGUCUGCUAUGUCGGCGCUCAUUUCAUCUACGGAAGCUGGUACAAACGAUCCGAGCUCGGCACGCGCACUGCCAUCUUUUGCGUCUUUGGCCACCUCGGCAGCAUGACGGGCGCCUGGAUCCAGGCCGGUCUGCUGGCGUCGCUUGACGGUCGCGGCAGCCUGCCCGCCUGGAGAUGGCUCUUCAUCAUCGUCUCCAUCAUGACCCUCCCCGUCGUUCUCUUUGGCUGGGUCAUUAUUCCCGAUCUGCCGUCUCACAAGGCUGCUUGGUUUCUGACCGAGACGGAGAAGCAGCUGGCCAUUGACCGGCUUGGCCAGAUGAAGAAGCAGGACUGGGACCUCGGUGUCUUUCGACGAGUCUUGCUCUCGUGGCAGUUUUAUCUGCUGCCCUUUAUUUUCAUGUUAUACUCGCUCGCCAUCCAGGCCGUGCGCAACAACGUCCCCCAGCUCUGGAUGAAGUCGCGCGGAUACACGGUUAUUCAGCAGAACAACUAUCCUACUGGCAUCUACGCCUGCGCCAUUGUCAGCACUGUCCUCUACGCAGCCUGGUCCGACCGGAUCCAGUCCCGCUGGCAGCCGUCCCUCGUCAUCGGCGUUACUUUCAUCGUCGGCAGCGCCAUCCUCAUUGCCAACCCCGCCAACGACGGCGCCAUGUUCUUCGCCUUUUACCUGCUCGGCACCAACUACGCGCCCCAGGCGCUCUGGUACUCGUGGAUGACGGACGUCACGGCGCACGACUUCCAGCUACGCGCCAUCACGACGGGCUGGAUGAACUCGUUUGACUUUGCCUUUGUCACGUGGUGGCCGCUGCUCUUCUUCCCCGUCACCGACGCGCCAAACUACCAAAAGGGCUAUGUUGCAAGCGCGAUCACGGGCGCGCUGCUCAUCCCCCUGGUCCUGCUCAUUGCGUACCUGGAGAGGCGCGAUCGCGCGGCCGGCAGGAUUGGCCGCGCGUGUGAGGGGGACGAGGGCGAGCCGGUUCUGCGCGGCUCGGCGGCGGCGAGUGUCGAGAGUGCCGGUGUCGGGCGGGCGGAGGCUGCUACGGCUAAGGCUUUUUCGAAAAACUUGGAACACGACAACCCAAUGGCUGCUACCAUCAAGCUCUACACCAACCACGCCUGCCCUUGGGCUCACCGUGCUCACAUCGCUCUCGCCGAGCUGGGCAUCCCCUUUGAAGAGGAAAUCAUUGACCUCUCCGUCCCGCGCACCGCCGAGUACCUGGCCAUUAACCCGCGCGGCCUCGUCCCCAGCCUGUCCUACAACGGCCACAUUGUCACCGAGUCUGCCGUCGUCGCCCAGUUCCUCGCCGACGCGCACCCUUCGCACCUCGUCCCGACGGCAGGCACGCCAGAGGCGGCGCUCCAGCGCGCACGCAUCAACUUUUUCGUCGACGCCUACUUUACAAAGGUCAACAGCUUGAGCACAAAGGUCGCGUUCGCCAAGACGGACGCCGAGGCCGAAGAGGCCGCCGCCGAGUUUGUCAAGCAGCUCGCCAAAGAGGUUGAGCCGCUGCUGGCCGACGCGGCUCCGUACUUUGGCGGGAGCAAGACCCUCACCCUAGCCGAGGUCCUCACCGGAUCCUUCUUGCUGAGACUCUUUGCCCUGCCCAAGCACGGCGUCGUCACGGACAGCCUCAUCAAGGACCUUCCGACCAAGACGCCCAACUUCUACAAGUGGGCGUCCAAGGUCAUUGAGCACCCUAGUGUCACGGGCAUCUGGGACGAGGAAAGGGUCGUUGCGGGGACGAGGGCGCGUCUGGAGAAGCUCAAGGCGCAGGCUUGA